GAACCUUUUCACGAAAGAACAUUUUAAGCAUGCUAAAGGUUCUGCAACCAUUGUCUUCACUAGGACUGUCUUUUUUAACAGUCCACACUUAAAUAAAUAAAAAAUAAUCAACAAAAAUAAGAUCAAAAUAAACCAGAUCAACUGUGUUAUAUUGCACUUCCACAACCUACUAAAAAACUCCUAAAACUACUAAACGUAUAUAAGAUUAUUUAUAAGAAUAAAUUAGUCCAAAAUACAUUAAAUCAAGGGUUCUCCUUUUCCACCUGAAGGCCCAUCUGUUCAUCACUACAAAGCGUGAAGGCCCACAAGAAAACAAAACUCAACAUUUUUGCUAAAAUAUGUCAUUUUUGUGAAAUUUUUAACUGAGUGAUGUUUGGGCAUCUACCCUUGCAAUAUGUGAUGUUUAUUUGUGGACAUAAAAUAUCAGCAGAAUAUUGGUGUAAGUGGACAACUGAAAGGUCAGGUCUUUCUAGAGGCAAAGGGCGAAAACAUGGACAAAGCUGCUUUUGUGCACUGCUAUGGUGAGGCUUCUAUUAAUGUUCUGAAGUGUCUGAAAACAUUUCAUAUUUCUUUUUUUACUUGAGUCAAUUAUUUUUCACUGAUUUUUAAAACAAAGUGCUAUCACAGGCUCACUACAGACCACUGCCCCCCUCGGAACAGGUCCAAGGACCACCAAGGGGUGCUUUGUGGCCCACUUGUGGUCCUCGGCCUACUUACAUGCCUAUUUGCCUUUUUGAGUUAUGUGGUGAUGGGUCAAGGACAGUAAAACUGGAAGACGGCUUAAACCAAGUGGACGUUGAGGUGACAUCAGAGGAUGGCACGCUGAAGAAAUACAGCAUCGAGCUGACCAAGCUUUCGGCCAGUGAAGCCAGUUUGAGUGCCCUCAUUAUAAAGAGACAACAACUCCAUCCUGCAUUUUCUCCAGAUACUCACGAAUACUCAUGCCAGGUGAAUUUUGACCGUCAUGUGGUCACUGUGGAAGCCCAAGUGCCUGACCACAACAUGCAGGUCACAGUGAAGGAGGCUUGCAGCUCCGGGUCUGUGAGGUUAAACGUUGGAGACACGCUGGUCACUGUCAACGUCUCGUCACCAGAUGGCACCAAUUCCCAAGUGUACACAAUCUUGAUUACUCAGGAACAGAUUCCUUUAGCCGUCAGCUUUUGUGAGAUGAACGAUCAGAAGGAGUUUGAGUGUCCCGUGUCUUUAAGUGCACUUUAUAGGCCUUUUUCAAUAAAUCAGAGUGACCCAAAGGCCGUUUUCUCAGCCCCAUAUAUUGACAUGCUGACACGGAGGUCGAAGGUGCAUCCGUUUACUGACAGACCUUUGGGAGACUCAUGGAAAGUUCCAGAGAGUGAACUCAACAACAGAAUGUCUAGUGCAUCUGUCAAAUGUUUCUUUGCGCAUCGUGGUUGUGAAAGCGUGCUGAAGCUUGCAGAGAUUGGAGCACACGCAAAAGGCUGUCCCAACAGACCACCAGUCAACCUGGAUACGAAGGAGGUCACUGAAAUGAGCUGGUACAAAAAACAUUUCACAUCCUCAAGAAGCCUGGAAAUUGAGACAAAGCACUGUCUUCAGGUUCGAAACUGGGAGAAAAGGCUUCAGACUGCAGUGGACGAGGGCAAUAUAGACGACUUGUGCGGUCAUGCUGAGAGCCAGAUAAAGCUGUACAAAGAACAGCUUCCCAAACCAGGUGAUAUGAUGCAGUAUGAGGCAGGACACUCACCUCUGGAUUAUUUGGAACAGGCAGCCAUCCACUAUGCUACUGCCAUCAAAUUCAAACCCAGGGAUUACAAACUGCAUUUCCUGCUUGGAAAGACUCUAGAGGAAUACUACUAUGCUACAGAAAUGUAUGGCCUGAAAAAGAGGGUUCUUGAGGAAGAUGACCAGAAUCUUAAUGAAGCCCAGACAACAGGGAGGCAGGAGGAGAUCUUGGCCAUUUGCAGGCUUCAUGGCUUCUUGGGAACACCCACAGUAGAAAAUCAGCUGAAAGCCCUUGACAAGGAGUUCCACCAGCUGAAAGAGCAGGGCCAGUCAGGGAAGGCUGAUUAUGUCCAGACUCUUUUCAUCUGGCUUUCCAAAAAAGGUGGAAAGGACUGCAAGGCUGGAGUGUGUGAUGAGGAGGGCUGGCUCCACAGAGCCUUUCUGAAGUACCUGGACGCCUGGUCUCUGAGUCCAGAGAAAUGGGAGUUGAACCUGCAGGUGGGCCGCCUGCUGCUCUUACAGGGGAAGAGCAGAGAGGCACUGCAGCAUCUACUUUCUGCACUGGCCCUCGCACCCUCACAGGUGGUGCUCAGGUUCUACAUGGGCCUGGCUAUCCUGCAGCAGAAUGGAGUAUCAGUGGAAGAAGAGCGAGAGGCAAUUUUGUUCCUCCAGCAGGGCCUAGAGUAUGUUAUGGACCAGUACUUUACCUCACCAGACCAAGACCGAGAACAGAAGCAGGAUGCUGAAUAUGCUCUGUCCACUGUGAAUGUCCAAUUUCUGAGAGGCUGUCUCAGUCUGGGAGCACUGCUGUCCAAACAUAUGACCUCAGGGCAGAAGAUUUGUCCAGUGCCGGUCUAUCACACUGUUGCUUUGUUCGCUGCUCGAGCUGUUAGCAUGUGUGUUGGUUGGGGUGAGCUGAUUCAGCAGUUGGAGUGGGUGCUGCUCGAUGCCCACUUUGCUUUGCUUGAAGUCCUCAUGCAGCAGCAGAGCAUGAACAGGCAGGUGUGGAUCGCUCAGAGAUGCCAGGCACUCACUGCUCUGAUACGGCUGUCUUGCAUCGCCCCCUGCAGGGAGCUCCUGGACAUGCAGGAGAAAGUUUGUGAAGUGGGGGUGAUGACCACACCCCGCAGCAGCGCUGCGCUUUGCCUGCUGGGCCUGAGCCAACUGGCCCAGUAUGACAGUGACCCCAGCUCAGAAAGUGGUCAGGCAGCCAUGGCCGACGCCUGCCUCAGUUUUCAGGCUAGUAUCGCAUUGGAGGGAUCGGAAUUGACUGGAGAUCCUCCUGAGCAACUGACCAAGCAGAAGUGGUGGAGGGACCAUUUGGCUAAAGAGAAGAAGAAAACAGACAGGCAGGCCAGCGUUAAGGCCACAGAAGCAGCUGGACCUCCUGAGGCCACAGCAGCUGGGAGAGCAGCUGGAAGAGGCAUACGUGCUGUAGGCCGAGGUGGAGCCACAGCCAAGAGCGCGGCAUCUGCCCCAGCACGUGGGGUCAGGACUGCUGCAGCAGCCAAACAGUCUGGCCAAACAGCAAGAGGUGCAGCCGCUAAGAGUGAUGGUGGAGGGAAGAGUGCAGCCAAGGCGAGUUCUAAAACUCAGCUGUCUUCCUGCAAGUCCAAACAGGAGUGCAGCCCUCCACAGGCUGAGCCAGCAGCAGCAUCAGUAAAAGAGGAGAGCAGUCUCAGUGGAGCGGCCACGCCAGCCAUUAUGAACGUGAAGUCGCAUGCUCCUCGGCUGGGAUUAGCCAGGGCCCUGUCUCGCUCCUCAGACUCGCACCAGCAGGCCUGCUGUCUCUACGAAGAAGUCAUCGCCAUGGCCCAAGAGGUCCACGACGCGUACAUUGAGCUGGCGAACCUGCUGGUGAAAAGUGACCCUUUGGCUGCUGUGGACGUUUACAGCAGGUUCCCCUUAAAGCCUGUUAAUGAACAGACGUUUGAUGACGCCUUCAUUACAGGGGAGAUUGUUCGUAUCCUCAUGAAACAAGAGCUGUUUGAUCACCCACAACUGGCCCCUAACCUGAUUGCCUAUGGAAAAGUCAUGGGGCUCAGUUGCCUUGAAAAGUACAUUGACAUACUGGAUGGGAAGUUCAUGACCAGCCUGCUGAAGACUGUUUACGCAGGAAUUCAUGACAAAUCAGUGGAUGACGAGGACCUUCGAGAGUUUUUCAGAUUUAAGUGCUGGAUAUGAACUUUCCAGCACUUUAAUGGAGUCAUUCCAAAGAGUCCACAAGAGUUGAUGCCAUGUAAGAAACAAAAAAUCGGAUGUUUUUCAACCUUAAAUACAUUCAUUUAAAAAAUAACAUUAACAUAGAAUGAUAUAUGCAUAGCUAAAAGUAUAUUAUAUAGAGUAUAUUAUCUGAGUGUGCAAUUUUAUGUUUAUAGACUGUUACGGUUUCAUCUUAAACAUCACAAAAUACAAGUCAUUGUAACAUUA